GUGUACACUUCCCCGUAAUCUGUGCAAACUGCAAAGGAGCAUCUGCGAUGUUUGGAAAUGAAAAAUAAAACAAAAUUGUUGCGACCGCACGUUUUCAAUUUUGACGCUAAUAGUGAUGAGAGAUAAUAUAGAUGUCAUAAAAAAUGCCGUAGAAGCUAGAAACUUGCAUGAGGACAUAAGGUUAACAAAGCUUUGUUUGGUGAGAAAGCUGUAGUCGUGAUAAGCUAGUAUUAGCGACGUUAGGUACGAUGCAGUGUCAAAUAUAAUGCGUUAUUGACACGCAAAAUUUUCCAAUAGUUUCUGUAGGUAAUGUAGCGUGAACAGACAGUGAUAUGGAGAUCAUGUUCCUCAAUACUGAGAUGAAUGUUACUGAAACAGUAGGUUAUGUAAAACUGUUUUGAUGUAUUUAGCAUCAUAUAAUGAUGCCCUGAAAAGAAUAUAAGUGAGACAGUGUUAUGAAGAUAAAGUUUUGGUACUUUUAGCUGACGUUGGCCAAGUCUGUGUGCUACAAUACGCCGUUAUUCAAUGUUUUACAAGAGACGCUGGACAUCUCUUCAGCAGAAUGAAGGGUUUCAAAGUAUCUGAUGCUAAACGUACCAGGAGAGUGGGUGUUGCUUGCUGCUCUUUAGACGAGCUGAAGAAGAAAGGUCGGCUGAAGUUAAACAUUGAUGAGGAUGUGACAGUCCAGCUAGAAGAUGGUACAAUUGUUGAUGAUGAAGACUUCUUUCAGACUGUUAAGGAGCAGUCACUUCUUAUUUUACUUAAAGACGGAGAAGAUGCCAUCACAGGGGCAGAGCUACUGUACAGUGCAUUGAAGAUGGUAAAUAUUGAGUUAUUACAAGUAGGUGACUUAGCAGAGCAGUUCUUGUCAGAAAACCUUAAGGAAAAAAUGCAUGUCCUGACAUCAGCUGUUGAAAAAGCCAGAAAAAUGCAGACCGCAAAAGAACGAAAGGAGAAAGUGGUGAAAAGUCAUCGAAAAGAUGACCCUGAUUGGUUCGUAGGUAUCGAUACAAAUGCUGAUACAAAAGAGAAGUUCUUAUUUCAGCGUUCUCAGGAUCGAAUUAGAGGUUACUUUUACAAAACUCAGACUGCAAUUCAGAAAUCUGAAAUUUAUAAAAGAAAUAAAGUAGCACGGUCAAAAUUAAUUGAUGCUUGUACAAGUCUUACAAAUUACUUGAAGCAAAGACAGUACUUUGGAGUCUACUUUGAUAGAACUGCUGAAUCAACUCGUCUCUGUACAACAUUUGGUGACUUCCAAUGUCAAGGGUUGUUUUAUUCACCGUGUUGCUCCUACAGUCAUGUUAUUAACCCUUAUGAGAGCAGAGAAGCAAGAAUUAUGUUUUCAACAUGGAAUCUUGAUCACAGAAUUGAACGCAGCCGAGAGAUUGUGCCUGGAAUGUUAAAGGCAGCAAAGAUAGCAGCCCGAGAAGGAUACAUGAUAAAUUCAGAAUCUAUUGCAGUAUUCCAGUUAAAAAAAAAAAAUGCUAUUACAUCCUGUUCAUGGAUCGAGGACAAACAACCGUUUUAUAUGAUUGCUCAAUUUUAUUCAACUCAGACGAUAAAACAUAUCAACAGGUCUCAAUGGUGGAGAAACAAAAAGAGGUAAAUGAAAUUGUAUGUAAAUCCGGAUUCAAGCCAUUCUUACUUGAAUCAAGCCGUAAGGAAUCUAAUAGUAACAUCACAACAACAUCUCUACAGACUUACGAAAAGUGGACAACAGGUCCCAAAAAAAAAUUUCCUUUGGUAAUUCAUACGUGUAGUAAAAAAUAAUUUGACUGUACCAAUUAAUAAAGUAAUAGAAAUUUUUAUGUGGAGAUCCGAUAUAUCACUUCAUACACUUAGUGAUAGAUUGUUAGCAAAUGUCAUUAAACAUAUUCAAAUUGAAACAAGUCAUUUGAGUGUACUUCAACUUUAUGAAUAUAUAUGUAAAGCUGAUUGUGUUUAUUUUGAAUCUUAUGUUUCUAAUUUUAAUGAUUAUUAUUAUUAUGAAAAUAUUAGUGGAAAAAUUGUAAAAGAUCUGUUGUGAUAUCAAUUUCAAGAUGAUGAAGAAGUUAUAAGACAUUUUAUCAUUACAUUAUUUCAUAUACUUAAUAGAAGAAAUGGAAAAAGGAAUUGUUUAAAUUUAAUAGCAGAACCAACUUCAUUUAAAUUCACAUUUGUUCAAAUGGUUGCAUCAGCAAUGUUAAAUACUGGUUGGUGUAAUAAAAAUAAUAAAUAUGUAUUAUUUGGAUUACAAGAAUGUGCUAGAAAAUGACUAAUUGUCAUGGAUGAUCCAAAUUAUGACCCUGGAUGUUUUGAACAAUUAAAAAUAAUAUUUUCUGGUAAUCCUACCAACAUACCUAUUAAGUUUGAAGGAGAUUAUACACUAGCUAAAACUCCAGUUAUUGUAUGUUCAAAUUGUGAUUAUUUUAAAGGUGAGGUAUGGGAUGAAAGGAUUGUAUAAUAAUAUUGGAAAUCAUGAAAUACAAGAAUUGUCAAAGAAUUAAAUCCUUAUACAUUGUAUAAUUUGUUUAUUGAAUAUG